AUGCAAACUAUUCGGAGGAUCAUGACUACAGUGGUUCUGCUUCGUUUCUGUCUGUCUGGCGCACGCGAGCGCAUGAAUCCCUUCAAACCAUUUUCAGUAUACGUACCCUUCGAUGAUGUCGACAAGAUGAUGGUUCACAUCAGUUGGAAUUAUUCUUCGGAUGGAAGCUGGAAACUCCGCCACCACUUGUCAAUGGAACAUGGCCGGUCCGUGCCACUUCCUGACGAACAGCUUCGUGAACUCACAACACGUCUAGAGAAUGCUUACGAUGCGCAGCGCACACUUGAUCCUGUCUUCUUCAAUAGGAAGCAGAGGAGGUGGAGGCGUGGCUGGGUUCGGUCACCCAGAUGUGGUAGUUUGGAGCCUUACUGGGACAAGUUCAAUCUUUCACUUGCGCUCUGGAAUGCCUACAGCGUGCUGACAGCCUCUGACUUGCCGAGAUCUAAGGUUCUUGUGAAUAUCGGAGCUGGAGAUGGUCCAGGUGCAGGCCAGAGUCUGGACCCUGUGUGGGUUUUGGCAUUGAGCUUCCAUCUUCACGCAGUCUUUGUGGAGCCUGGACCAGCUGAGUUUCAGGAACUUAACCACAACAUCAAAGCACAUCGAACGCCUCUGAACCUGAUUAGCGAGCCUUACAUGAUGGCUCUGAAGCCGGAGCAGAUCCCCAACCUUCUACAACGCUCAGCGCUGUUGCAAAGCGCAGCUUUGCUGGAUGUCUUAAAGGUUGACAUAGAUGUGAACGAUUGCGACGUGGCUGCGUCUUUUCUGAGAGAGCGUCGAGCUCGGAUUGUUCUCAUCGAAGUGAACCCCUCAUUCCCGCCGCCAAUUCUUUUCUGCCAGCAUGCGAGCUCGCCGCCUCAUGCAAACACGAAACCCUUACAUGGGUGUUCGUUAAGCUACAUGGUUGAGCUAUUUGCUACGUUCGACAUGUGGUUGUAUCGCUUCGACGGUCAGGAUGCCUUGUUUGUUGAUUCUGCCCUGGCGCGCGAGCUGACAGCAGCCUUCGGGGACCGCUUUCCCAAGGACGAGAUUGAUUGUUUCCAAUGGCCACGGCUUCUCCCCUCAACAGCAUCGGCACCGGUCGACGAAUUCCGGAAUUGGUUCUAUGAUUUGGAAGCUGAGGAGCAGUUGCAAAUUGCCGCCCGCACUGCGAUGUCACAGUACGCUCGUUACAGAGGCUUGUGUUCUGUAGAGGCCACAGCAUCUUGCUCGUGGCAUGAGGCUGCACGUGGCGUGCUGAAGGGUCCAGCAUACAGGAAAUUGAUUGCUGAUUCGCAGGCUGCGUGCAAGCACGCAUGUUGCGAUGACUCCUCUUGUCAUGCCGCGUCAUUCUCCUGGUCGGCUGGAGGCAUGUGCAUGCUGCACAAGCAGGUCCACUUGCACACACCCCGAGCAGAGUCUGACGGUGGCGUUGUACUUGUCCGUCGUGAGGCAAGGGACGAGAAAGCCUGCAUGGAAGCUUUUCAGAGCUUGCAGCCGCAGCUGCCGAUGACGAUCGGCCUGCCGAUCUGUGGACACUCCUGCCAAUUCCCCUCGUGGCCUUCACAAUCUUCACAGCCUGGGACCGGCUCCGAAAAGAAUCGACAUUCAGCGAUCACGUAG